AUGGCGCCGAUACCCUUAAUACGCUGGGCGUGGCUUGCCCUGCUUGCCGCCAAGGCCUAUGCUGAUUGUUCCUGCGCCGGGCUUGACUACACCAACGGCGGCUCCUAUCUCAUUGACGGGUCGGUCGAUGCCGACUUUUCGUUUAACUCGGUCUUUGAUGGAUGUGAUGCCGACACCGUCGAGCCGGUCCUGGUCUCGCCCAAUGGCGACGAGUACAGCUGUUCACGUCUGGAUAUGGGUACGACAAAUGUACAGCAGUCGACCUGUCAACUCAAAGUGUCUUCCAUGUUCUCGGGCGUCUGGACCGUCAUCAUCCAGGCCGACCAGUCCGAUUUUGCCGUUGAGAGAACGUUCACCCUGACCGUCGGAAACGCCGAGAAGACCGUCGUAACUGCAACGCCCACCGUCGUCGUGGGAGUGACGAGUCUUCCUGCGCCUCAGACCGUCCACAGCACCCGCUCCGCCGUCCGGACCGUCUACGCCCCCCAGUCUACCUUCACGUCCCACUGCGCCGUCGAGACGCAGACCGUGACGCGCUACGUGCCCGGCGCCGUCACCACCGUCUACUCGACCGAGGACCGCUGGCGCGACGGCGGCGUCGUCACCUCGUACUGGCAGACCACCGUCGUCACGAGCGCGAGCUGCCACUACCCGGACAACAACGGCGGCCAGCCGCCCCCGCCGCGCGACGACAACCCGCCGCCCUGGUCCAACCAGCCACCGCCCUCGGGCUGCGACAACUGCAGCCCGCACUGGGGCAACGGCGGCUGGCACUGGGAGCCCUCGCGGGGGCACGGCUCCGGCGGGCAUAACGGCUGGGGUGGCGGCCGUGGGGGAGGUGGCCAUGGUGGAGGAGGCAACGGAGGAGGGAACGGCGGUGGAGGUAACGGAGGUGGUGGAUGGAGCGGAGGAGGCGGAGGUCAUGAAGGAGGCGGCGGCGGGCAUGAGGGAGGCGGUGGCGGCUGGGGUGGAGGUGGAGGUGGAGGGAAUGGUGGGGGAGGGCACGGUGGAGGCGGCAACGGCGGAGGCGGACACGGAGGUGGGAAUGGAGGUGGAGGCAAUGGCGGAGGGGGACAUGGAGGUGGAGGCAAUGGAGGAGGUGGCUGGAGCGGAGGAGGCGGAGGCGGUGGGCACGAAGGAGGAGGCGGCCGAGGUGGGGGAGGCGGAGGGCAUGAAGGAGGAGGCGGCGGCCGAGGCGGGGGCGGUGGAGGCGGUGGUGGACGCGGCGGAGGUGGUAACGGAGGUGGAGGAGGCGGCGGCGGGAGAGGCGGCGGCGGCGGCGGUGGCGGGCGAGGCGGUGGUGGUGGACGAGGACCACAUGACGGCGAAACUACUGUCGCGGCGCGUGCCAUGGCUGCUAUUGCUGCUUUCACGAGCACCGUCACUCAGACCACGUACACGGUGACGAGAACGUCUACCAUCACGGCGCGGCCAUCAACCGUCACGGAAGUUUCUUAUAUCCAAGUCACCGAGACAAGCACUGACAUGCCAUCUCUCCUCAGCACGCCUCCUCCUCAGACUGUUUGCGACAGGACCGACGCCCGGACAAUUACCUUCCUCCACCAGGGACCCGGGCAGACCUCUACUGAGAUUCAAUAUGUCAUUCACACUACACAGCAGACUGUGUGGGUUGGCCAAACCGCGUAUGAGACCAGGACGGACUACCAGCAGGCUACCCGAUGCUGGCAGAACGGCGGGCAGUACGGCGCGUGGUGA